GUCGGCGCGGUACAUUUCAGUCCGCCACAGGAAUGAAAUAACAUUCAUUGUGUUUUACGAUUUCUCAGUACUCAUUUAUAACUGUUUAGAAGAAAGAUAUUGAAAUAACUGUACAUAGACAAAGACAACACGUUUAAGAGCAAUAUUCACCCAAUUGCGGUCUCAGGACUUCAACCGAUAUGGCUGGUAUAUUGUUUGAGGACAUAUUUGACGUGAAAGACAUCGACCCAGACGGGAUGAAAUUUGACAGAGUUUCUCGUCUGCACUGUGAAAGCGAGUCCUUUAAGAUGGACCUCAUCCUGGAUGUAAAUAUACAGAUCUAUCCCGUUGACCUCGGCGACAAGUUCAGAUUGGUAAUAGCCAGCACACUGUAUGAAGAUGGAACUCCUGACGAUGGGGAAUAUAAUCCACAGGAUGAACGGCCAUCUAGGGCUGACCAAUUUGACUAUGUGAUGUAUGGCAAAGUAUACAAGAUUGAGGGCGACGAGACUUCCACUGAAGCAGCUACACGUCUCUCUGCAUAUGUGUCUUACGGAGGUCUUCUGAUGCGGCUCCAAGGUGACGCCAACAAUCUGCACGGUUUUGAAGUGGAUUCUAGAGUCUAUCUGCUCAUGAAGAAGCUUGCCUUCUAAACCCCACCUCCGGUGAACUCAGCGUUUCCUUCUACAUAGCGCACAGGAUCUCUCAAACUCCAGACUGCUUCUAUGCAUUCACAUUCUGUGUGGAAAAUGGGCAGGAGCUGUCCAUCUCCUAAAUUCUCUGACACUUUGAAGAGGUAGAAGGAUGUACUUUCUACUGAUGUUAAAUUCUCCCAAAGAGGUGGAUGAAAGAGACAGUGAAUUGAAGGAACCUCAAGCAAAUGUCAUCUGCUGUCAAACCAUGUAAAUAAAUGUUGUAGUUUUAUUAAAUAUGUUCUGAGAAUGUU